AGCAGUUGGUACUGGAAUUUUAGAGUUAGUGCGUCUAAGUGCGUUUUCUCGUGUCUUAUCCGUUAUAUUCAACAUCUUAAACUACAAAUAAAUUUAAACAACAACAAUUCAAUCUGGAAUAUAAAUAAUUAGUAAAUACAGUAAUUAAAAAUAUAAAAAAAGAAUUUUAAGUAAAAAAAAAAAAGGCGAAAAUGAGGGAAUGGUCUCGUGUAUCAUCGGUUUUAAUAUGGACUACAUAUUUAAGUGAUAAAUAAAUUAAACUAUCGAAUGGAAUGAGAGUUGGUACAGUAUUGAUAAAAAUACCAUGAUGACGUACUAGCAAUAAUAAUAAUAACAAUAAUAAUAAUAAGUGAUUGAGUUGUUUAGUAUUAGUGAUCUCUCAUAAACUUUUAUCAGCAUUGACUGAUGCAUUUUUGGAUCAAUAAACCAGCGGGCAGGUCCCGUGCGAUUGGUGGUGGGUGCAGAAGAUAUCACGCUGCAACAGCAGCUAUUUCUGCAUCUUCAUUACAAGCAUCUAUACCGUUAUUGAAAACACAUUGUGGCAGAAGCAGUUCUAGAAGAACCGGAAAUAGUUCGAUGGUAUCACCGAAUCGAUUGCAUGCUAAUUGGACAAACACCAGGAGCUGUGAUGGGACAUUGAACCGCAGUGCUGGUGCUGUUGCUUAUCAACCGAGAGAUGCUGAUACCAGGCGCAAUAACAACAACAACAACAACAACGUACACGAGUCUACGCGUCAUCAUGGACAGCAGCCUAACGGCAUCGCCAACAAUGUAACAAAUAACGCACAUGUCCGUCGUGUACUUCCAAAUGAUCCAGCAAUAAAUCGAGGAAUAAUCGAAAUAUCCGAAAUAAGUAGCGCUGAGUUGGCUGGCUACCGACUGCGUUGUGGUGUUUGGAUAACGUUUAUCCUGGCAACUGGAUUUGUUACCAUAGCUAAAUUUUAUUUCAAUCAUAGGUUAAAAAAUAAUAUAUUCCAGCCUGACAAGGGUCUUGACGUAUUUAUAUUCUGCGGUCUUCUGGUGGCUCUUAUGAUCUCUGGCUGCUUUUACUCGACUCUCUUCCGUCGCAAUCGCAACGAUCAUCAUUAUCACGUGCCUGAGAUAUCAAUCGCGACAGUAACUACGGACGUAACUAAUGAAGCUAAUCAUCAGCAAAGUGGAACUGCUGAUAAUCCGUUACCAAUGAAUUCACUGUCGUCGCCGUCAACUCAAUCGAAUCAGCAUAUAGAUCAGCACCAACACCAGCAUCAGCAUCAACACCAACAUCAGCACCAGCAUCAACAUCAACAUCAUCAUCAACACCAGCAGCAGUUAAUUUCCUCUUCAAUGCUGUUCCCCUCGACUCCAUCGUUACCUUCACCCUCACCACCACCUUAUCAUAUUGCUAUUCUGAUACCACCGAACUCGCAAUACGACGAAGCACCGCCACCCUCUUAUGAAAAGGCUACAAGAUAAAAUGUAAAUAAAUAAAAUAAAUGUUAUAAUAAUAAUUUAUACGCAGAAGCGAUAAGUCAAUAAUAAUAAGAAUAAUUAUAAUUAAUAUAAUGUAUAUUACAA